CAUUGUCCCUUUUAAAAGAAUGCAUGCAUUAUUCCUGUUUUUACCUCCUCUACUGAUGGUAGGCUGCGAUACAGACAUUGUGGCAGUAAUUCAUUUGUAAUGCAGCUCUUUAAACAAUUUCACUAUCAACUGAUCACAUUCAGUUACAUUUGGAAAAUGUUAAUGAACAGACCUGUUUGUUUCAGGGUGGUCAUUACCAGUUUCUGCUUGUGUCAAGACUAGACACGUUUGUGUAUGAAAAGAAUGGGCAGAAGACAAAUGUUGAUGUGAAACUGUUAAGCAGAUAAGGGACCGUGUGCUUCAGCUUGUCGCUGCUCAGCCUGGGUUGGUUGACAUGAGCUGAAAUGACAGCCAUCCCCAUUCCUGUCAGUCACUCAUUCAUCUUUUAUCUAUGCUGACCUGCUCUAAAUCACUCUGUCUCAGGACCUGGAAGGAAACCCCCCCAAAAACAAGUCUACCAGUUUUUGUUCUGUCAUUCUUGAUCUGGUUAAUCAAAAACAAGAAAAACACACUUGGUGCCUCAAAGAAAUACAGGAAAUGUGUCUUGAAGACAAAUCUGUCACACGCUAUCGCUUACUUACCAACCGGACGAAAGAAUAUUUGUUACAUUUACCCAUGAACAUCCUUUCCUGUGUAGUUGCGCUCUACAUCCUGGAUUGGAUUGUGAAAGCUCAUGUUGACAUCUGAUAUCAUGACUUUUGCUCACAGUUCUCACCUGUCAUCUCAUCACAAGCUAUCUUGCCGUGAGCAGGGGUGCGUCUUCCUUAUUUUUCCUCCUCCCCUCUGUCUGAACUAGUUGCUCUUUCUUGGGUCUCAGAAAAAUGUUAUCUCAUUCUGGCUCUGUUUGUGGUGAUAACUGGGAGGGUGGCACUUGAUUUUGAGCCCAAGUUAGCACCAUGGAUACCAGCAGAGUGACUGUGCUGUGGAACGAGGGGUCCAAAGCUCUGGGGAAGGUGAGACGACGGGUUCAGGACCUCCACAUCCCUUCUUCCUAUUACUAUGAGUUUGCAACCAUCAGAUCCACAUUGGACCUGAGCCACAAUGAAAGCGCCCGGCUGGCAGUGGACUCCCUGCUCAGCCAGGGCUUAGAGGGUUACCACAAGGUGCUGAAUGCAGAGGGAGAAGUGGACUUUCUGUCAGAGCUGGAGAAGAAUUACAUCCUGGAGAAUGGGACAGAUGGCUACACAGCUAAUCCUGGUGCAUCUGAUGAUGAUGCCAAACAGUUUGAGAGCUUGUCUGCCUGCUCCCAGUCUGACACACGAUGCCCUGCAGUGUCCUCAGACAGCGACCGUACUGUGGCAGAUGUGAAGUGGACUGAUCCUGUCCCGGGGCAGCCCAGUUUGGAAGUUUAUUUCCAGAGUGACAGCAGGACGGCCAGCAUGAAAGACCUGGUCAGAGAAUUCAUCAGAAAGGCUAAAAUGACUCUGGCCAUAGUGAUGGACAGUUUCAGUGACGUGGAGCUGCUGUGUGAUCUUCUCGAGGCGAGCAGGAAGAGGAACGUGUAUGUUCAUCUGCUGCUGGAUCAUCUCAACUUGAACCUGUUUGUCAGCAUGUGGCAGGACCUCAAACUCAACAGCAGGAACUUCCCUAAGCUCUCCGUACGCAGUGUUGAUGGACAGACCUACUGUGCCAAGACAGGCAGGAAGUUGACGGGUCAGAUUGCCGAGAGUUUUAUCAUUACUGACUGGACCGAGGUUCUGACUGGCUCGUACAGUUUCUCCUGGCUGUCCUGGCAGGUCCAUCGGAGUCUUGCCAUUCUUGUAAAAGGCAGUGCACUCACACCUUUCCAUCAGGAAUUCCAUAGACUUUACUCCAGCUCCAGUCCUGUCCCUGGCUUUGUUACUUCUAUCACUGUGCCUCCCACUCUACCUCUUUAUACAUCACACACAGCCCAAAAUGAUAACACUGGUAUCAACAAGUCAAAAUCAAGCCAGACCAAUACAACUUGCCACAGGGCUUGGACUGAAGAUGCUCAGACAAAAGCAAAAAUGAUGGUUAUAUUGAGUCCCCAGAGCUCAGAACAGGAGUGCAGCAAAUGUGAUAACCAGCACAGAGCAGAUAUAGGUGCACAAAAACAUACUAAACCUCCACAACUGUACCUGAAACCUUUGGUUCAGCCAGGAACACUGCAGAGUGUGUCUGUGGAAAAGCAUACUGCUGGCAGUGUCUCCACCCAGCAUGAUGUGCAAACAUAUGUGGGGCCCCUGGAGAAGAGUAAAACCCAGAUCCAGAGUGCUUCGAACCCUCUUGGUCAGAAUCACAGCUCAUACAUUCAGUCUCAGCUUGUUGGCCUUACCAUCAGCACCGCAGCUGAGAAGAAUGCAAGGGGUCAAGUGUCCAGCCCUCUACACACUGACCACCCCUCACAUGGACUGCACAGCGCUCUACGUUAUCAACCACCUUUGAAGAAGGAUUCAGAUCUUGCUCAAGCAGCUAUUAAAAGAGUUUACUUUGGGCAAAAGAUUGGAAACGGACUAACAAAGACUUCAUGGACUGCUGCAGGCCUAAACACACAAAGAGAGCAAUGGAACUACUCCCUAAAUUUAAAACCAAAGGUGGAACUUCAGUCUAAUAAUCCCAAACUACUGUCUAAUUGUACAUACCAGACAGGCCUGCAGGUCCCCUGUGGUCAUUUUAGAGGACAAACAUCUGGGCUGGAGACCAAAGUGUACUCUCUAGGAUCCAGGAGACAGGACCGAUGCCUGAGGCACCACCAACCCCUCCACCAGUCACACCCAACCAUAGGUACUCCCAGAUUAAAGUCAGCAUCAGCAUCAACAGGAGCUCUUUUUAAUCCUCAGCUCUACAUGGACUCCUCCAAGAUGUUCUUACCAGGUACAAGAUGCAGGGUGCAUCCACAGGCCUACACCUCCCAGCAGGUGAAGCCCCCUCCAAGGCUAAACUGGAUGUCACACUGUCACAUGGCAAGACCCAGACCAAUGGCGCGAUCCAGCUCCUUUGCCAGCACUUAUGAAAUGGUACAGAAGAGCUGGGCGCCAUGUCAUAGUAACAUGACAUCAUAGGGAAGGAGCAAGAGCACGACAGGAUCGAAUCUAAACAUAAGGAGACCCGACAGAAAUAUACAGACUGCGAGUAAUGUAACCUUUGAUUGUACAAAUGUAUUUGCCCUCAUACGCAGGAGGUCCCACCCUAAGUAUGUUCCCAUGAAAUAUACAAUAUAUUCUACUGUGUAUAGCUCAUUAAAUUAUAUACUAGGAGACAAAUGUACUGUUACAUGUGCAAAAUUAUGAAUUAAGAUAGAUGGGAGCUAUUGCUAGAGCACUGAGCCUUGUGUGUUUUGUGUAUAGCAUUUGGGGGGUAAAUGACAGGUACAGCAUAUUGUUUUGUUUAAAAAAAUAGUCAAAGCUUUUGGUUGGACAUGUUUCUAAACCUGAAAGAGCUUCUAAAAAAGACAAUAUUUUAGCAGAAUGUUUGAGGCGAUUUAGUCGUGUUU